UCAGUAAGCAGUGUUUAUGACUAAGAAGACCACUCCGUUCACUACUAAACACAGUGAAUGACACAGCAGGAGUACAAUAUUAUAUAACAAAUGAAAAUAUGCCAAAAACUACAAAAUGGAACCCAGAGAAGAGGUACCAACCUGAGAUUCAUUUCCUGGGGGACAGAAGUAUGACCGUGUCCCCAUCCUAUGAAAAUACAGGUAAUGGGGUCACUGUAUAAUACACUGGACACCAAAAAAUGGAGUCGGGAAGCCAUAAACUAGCUGUGGGACUCUGAGAAGGUCCCUUUCACUUUUCUUUGCCUCAGUUUCCCCAUGUAUGAAAUGGAGGUCAUACCCCCAUCUUCAAAGUGUGGACAAAGUUUAUAACACAUGCAAAAAGUAUUCAAAAACCAUACAAAUGAAAGCGCAUGACUGACAUCCCUACUUACAUGUCUCAUAAGCAAUCUCAAAUUCAACAGGCCCAAGAUGAAAUUCUCAAUCAUCCCCCAACACCUGCUCCUCACCUUUCCCACCUCAAUAAAUGUCACCACUUCAGUACUCUGGGAACCAUUCUUGGUUUUUCUCAACCAAUCCAUCAUCCAGUCCUAUUCACCUUUUUUUUUUUUCCUCGAGACAAGGUCUCGCUCUGUCACCCAGGCUGGAGUGCAGUGGUGUGAUCUCAGCUCACUGCAGCCUCGAAUUCCUGGGCUCAAGGGUUCCUCCCACCUCAGCCUCCCAAGUAGCUGGGACUACAGGCACGGGCCACCUAAUAUUUUGUACUUUUUGUAGAGACGGAAUCUUGCCAUGUUGCCCAGGCUGCUCGCAAACUCCUGGGCUCAAGCGAUCCUCCCCUUUGGCCUCCCAAAGUGCUGAGAUUACAGCCGUGGGCCACUGCACCAGGCCCUUCAUUCACUUCUAUCUGCACAGUCACCACCCUAAUGUAAGCGAAAAUCAUCUCUCACAUGAUAAUGAAGCAGCCAAAAUGGUCUCUGGGCUUCUCCUGUGCUCUCUCCAGUCCAAACCAGGGCUCUAAACCCUUUAAACUACCCACUGUUCUUGAAAGAAACCAAACUUCUGAAUCUGGCUUAAAAGGCCCUACAUGAUCUCUUCCCCUGCUGCUCCCUCAAACCACUCUCCCCGUCCCCGACCUUGUGCCAGCACACGGGCGUUUCUGUAGUUCACAACUGUAUUCUGCUUCCUCCUGACAAACUCUUAACUCAUCCUUUGGGUCUCAUUUCAGAGUUGGGUCCCCGCCAUACACUCUCAGAGAACCCUGAAGUACUUAAGCAUUUGUGUAAUUAUUUUAUUACAAAAAGUACAAAAUCACAAACGGUUAGAAACCAAAUCGACUAUAAGCUCCAUGAGGGUAAGUACUGUCCUCUGUUUGGUUCACCUCUGUAUCCCCAGGAAAACAGGGUCCAGCACACGGUCUGGGCUCAAUAUUUGAGCCCAGACGAGGUGAGGGGGGACAAAGUAGUCACCUAAAAAUCCUAACUCAAAAAGAUAAAGUUCUAACCGUAUGUGGAUGCCCAUUUUCUUUCAACUCUCUCCACCUCCAUUCUCAACGGCUCAGGCCAAAUCAUACAAGGGUCAGAUACCUCACGUCUCCAAGCUCAGGCAGCCCCCGCUGUCUUCCACCCCAUAAAAUCCUAAAUCCAAAGUGAGCCCGUCCUAGCUCUGGGGCGAGAGAAAACAGGCCUCUUUCGCCCCUGCAGGUGAGGGUCCCGGACCGCCCGGAGGCAGGCUCCUCAUCCAGACCUACUGGCCAGGACUCCUCCACACUAUUCCGCGCAGCCAUGACGCACGCAGACCGCAGCACUUCGUCAGCGAAGAAGCCGCUGAGCGCGAGGCGCUUCUUCGCGGCUUCUCAAGCACCGUUCAAACCGCGCGUCGGACCCAAGUGCCUAGUUUCGAGUUGCAAAGCCUCAGAUGUCCACCCUAUUCAAGGAGAAGGGACUGAAAAGACGACGACCCCGGUCCUCUCUCUUUAAGAACCACCCCCAUUCGAGCCUGACGGGGGCUCUCAGUAAACUCGCGAGAGCCACCGGCUUCCGCCCGCUUCCUCCUCUCGCCUUGCCGGGCCGGAAGAAAGGUGGCACCUCCCACCCCCCAGCCUGUACCUCACAAGGCGGCGCGGACCCAGCUGCGGCCAAUCGGUGGGCUCAUUGUAGGCUGCGGGGCAGAGAGCCAAUGAGAAGUCGCGGCGGACGCAGAGCUUCUCCUCACUCGCACCGGCCCCCUCCCUUCCGCCUGCCGCCUUCCACUCCGCCCCUGGCGGAGGAAGUGAUGUCACAGGCCCCAUGUGAGCGGAUUGCAACACAUGCAGCUGCCUGGAGAGAGGGAGCCGGUGUCCUACGUCAGAGCCGCCGCCGCCGCGGAGCCGCCGCCGGGGAGGAGCAGCCGCUGCCGCCCAGGACUGGGCCCUUAGGGAGGAGGAGGCGAGAAGAUGGCGGACGACCCCAGUGCUGCCGACAGGAACGUGGAGAUCUGGAAGAUCAAGAAGCUCAUUAAGAGCUUGGAGGCGGCCCGCGGCAAUGGCACCAGCAUGAUAUCAUUGAUCAUUCCUCCCAAAGACCAGAUUUCACGAGUGGCAAAAAUGUUAGCGGAUGAGUUUGGAACUGCAUCUAACAUUAAGUCACGAGUAAACCGCCUUUCAGUCCUGGGAGCCAUUACAUCUGUACAACAAAGACUCAAACUUUAUAACAAAGUACCUCCAAAUGGUCUGGUUGUAUACUGUGGAACAAUUGUAACAGAAGAAGGAAAGGAAAAGAAAGUCAACAUUGACUUUGAACCUUUCAAACCAAUUAAUACGUCAUUGUAUUUGUGUGACAACAAAUUCCAUACAGAGGCUCUUACAGCACUACUUUCAGAUGAUAGCAAGUUUGGAUUCAUUGUAAUAGAUGGUAGUGGUGCACUUUUUGGCACACUCCAAGGAAACACAAGAGAAGUCCUGCACAAAUUCACUGUGGAUCUCCCAAAGAAACACGGUAGAGGAGGUCAGUCAGCCUUGCGUUUUGCCCGUUUAAGAAUGGAAAAGCGACAUAACUAUGUUCGGAAAGUAGCAGAGACUGCUGUGCAGCUGUUUAUUUCUGGGGACAAAGUGAAUGUGGCUGGUCUAGUUUUAGCUGGAUCCGCUGACUUUAAAACUGAACUAAGUCAAUCUGAUAUGUUUGAUCAGAGGUUACAAUCAAAAGUUUUAAAAUUAGUUGAUAUAUCCUAUGGUGGUGAAAAUGGAUUCAACCAAGCUAUUGAGUUAUCUACUGAAGUCCUCUCCAACGUGAAAUUCAUUCAAGAAAAGAAAUUAAUAGGACGAUACUUUGAUGAAAUCAGCCAGGACACGGGCAAGUACUGUUUUGGCGUUGAAGAUACACUAAAGGCUUUGGAAAUGGGAGCUGUAGAAAUUCUAAUAGUCUAUGAAAAUCUGGAUAUAAUGAGAUAUGUUCUUCAUUGCCAAGGCACAGAAGAGGAGAAAAUUCUCUAUCUAACUCCAGAGCAAGAAAAGGAUAAAUCUCAUUUCACAGACAAAGAGACCGGACAGGAACAUGAGCUUAUCGAGAGCAUGCCCCUGUUGGAAUGGUUUGCUAACAACUAUAAAAAAUUUGGAGCUACGUUGGAAAUUGUCACAGAUAAAUCACAAGAAGGGUCUCAGUUUGUGAAAGGAUUUGGUGGAAUUGGAGGUAUCUUGCGGUACCGAGUAGAUUUCCAGGGAAUGGAAUACCAAGGAGGAGACGAUGAAUUUUUUGACCUUGAUGACUACUAGGUAGUCGACAUGGGUCCGGCAAAACGUGCCUCACCCUCCAGCAUCCAACCCAAGGAGCAUACCCGUGGUGGAAUCCAAACAGAUCCCUGCCUUACAAUUGGAACAUUUCCAGAACUUAAUCCAUGAGCAUUGGAUAUUGAAAAGAAAACCGAAACAAAACCAGACCCAGCCCUACACUUUGGUUUGUCAUGGUGUCAGCACAGCAGCCUACAACUAAGUUCCUAAAUGCCACUUUGGACUAAUUUAAAAAAGAAUCCCAGUUUUUACUUUUACUGGAUGGUGAAAUUGGUUGCUCUUGUAUUUUAUGAAAAAAAAAUGAUUUUUUUAACCUUCAUACAUAGAAGCAAAAAUACUUUAACUGCUGUAAACCUUCAAAAGUUAAUAGAAGUGAGAUCAUACUGGUUUGUUUCUUAUUUUGAUUGGAGAAAAAUUAAAUUGCUGCAUUUCGCAGUGACCCAUUUACAUGGCAUUCUCAGCUUAGACUGCGUAAGAAGAAAUAUAUGUGGUGAAAUGUUGGAACCAUUUCUCUCUUGGUCUCUGUUUAAUGUUGAAAGGGUGAGCUAAUAGGAGGCACUUUCAACUUCACUCCCUCACGCUACCCCGUCCCCCUCCAGACUGGCAGUUUCAAGGAUGCAAAUUGCGUUGCAAAAUCAAACUGACUCAUGAAGCAUUUGGGCCAGUGCACUGUUUACUUCCAUCUGUUUGCAGACACGUUUGUGCCCGGCGUUUGGGAGCCCUUUGUAUCAGUGUUCUGACAAGGGUCCCUGUAACCUUAACCUACUCGAAACCAGUUUGGGAUGGAUAUGAUGGGGCUUCUGUGCUAUUGCUGGGAUUGGGAGAAAUAAAACAUGCAAUUUAAGUGGAAGCGAAGAAA